AUGACAACACACGACGUGCAUCGCGCCAUGGAAGAGAAUCUAUUCAACACAUUUCACCAUCGACACAAUCCUCUACAGUCGUCGAGUAUUUUGGGACCUCGGUCCACUGGCAAUGGGUAUCCCUCAGCAAUGUCAGCUUCCGACCUUAUUACAAUGUCGUCAAGACAUCAACGCAGCAAUCGGCCCAACUCUGAUAUGUAUAGGGCAGCUCACCACGGCUUUCGAGGACAUACAACCGAAGCCGAAGCCAUUGAUAAGAUGUAUGAAGAUAUCCAACGUUAUGAGAAGAUGAUGGAUGAAGCAGCAGCAGCAAGUUUAGACCAAGACUUUAAGGAUGAACUUGAACAUGUCAACCAGUGGUUCUUGUGCCGCUCGGAUCCCGAACGUACAGCAGCGUUGUAUACCCUCGUGCAAAAUGCAUCUCAAAUACAAAUCCGGUUCUUGAUUACUGUCUUACAACAACGAGCCGAUCCCCUUGGUGAUGUUCUCUCCCCUGCUGGCCAGGAUAAAGGCCCUGCACCCGUUGCUGUGGCAGGAUCCGUUGUAUCAACUGAAUCACAAUAUGAGAUGCGGAAGCGACAAAUGUAUCCACCCAGCCGAAGAGGCACUCGUUCUAAUUUGUGCAACCGACUUACUUCAGCGUUGAGUGAGCCUGACGAUCUCCGACGAAGAGACUUGUUAGUACCAACUUCUCUUGGAAGCAAUCUCAGUCAACAAGGUCUCUUGUAUGAAAAGGCUUUGGCUGCGCGUGCUCAGAUCCAAGCUGCCAAUCGUGCUGCUGCUGCUGCUGCUGCUGCCGCUUCUUCGAAUUCAGCAUCAUCGACAACAUCAUCCACCACUGCAUCAUCCACAUUUUCUCCUCGCACUUCAACUUCAGAACGCACAUCUCUCUUUGGUGCUGCAUCGAGUGAUUGGCCUUUUCAUCUUGCACGUGAUCGAAAUAGCAAUGGCAGUGGUAGCAGCGGUGGUAGUGCUGGUGGUGGUGGAAGAAAUGGAGGAGGUGGAAAUGCAAGUAACGAUGGCAACAGUGAAUGGUCCUUUGGUUCCUUGUCAAGCAGCAAGAAAUGGUCAUCUCGCAAGAGUGAUACCAUUCGAGAAGAUCAUGAAGAACAACAUCAUUCCAUGUUGAGUAGCAUGGCUGCUCUUGAGCAAGCACAAGCCCGUUUGAGAGCCUCCAAAGCAGCAGCCGCAGCAGCCGCGUCUUCACGACAUAACAACAAUCAUCAUCAUCAUCAACAUCAUCAACCUAGUCUCCAUGUUACAUCAUCAUCCCAACAGCAACAACAAUCACCUUCAGCAGUUCUUGCAACACCACCCUCACCAGCACCUGUAGCUGCCACCACCAAAUCUACAGAGCCUAUCAUUGGUAAUAGUGCCAAUAGCAGCCCACGAAUGACUACCCCAUCAUCAUCACCAGCACCACCACCAGGUCUUGAAAAGAAGCAACAGCAACAACAACAACAGCAACAUUUUGGUCAAUUCUUGGUUCCACCAAGUGAUGAUGGCAAUAAUCCUGGCAACGAUUAUCUAAGUGAUCAUAGUGAUAUGAGCAACAAAGGUGAACAACCAUUAACCGGUGCAGCUCGUCGUCGAAAACGAUCCUCAGCAGCUCGUGCUCUCAAGGAUAAGAUUGCAGCAGAAACAGUCGACUUUGAAUUGAUGAAGGAUGUCACCAAUUGGUUACGCAGUCUACGCUUACACAAGUACAGCCCUGCAUUUGAUGGCCUCGUGUGGCAACAAGUCGUUCAAAUGACCGAUGAAGAUAUGCUCCGUGCUGGUGUCAAUACUUUGGGUGCUCGACGAAAACUACUCAAGGUGUUUGAAAACGUCAUGCGUCAUUGUGAUGAAAACGGCGUGGAUUACAAGAAUGCUGCCGCUGCUGCCGCUGCUGGUGGUGGUAAUGCUACUACUACUACCACCAACCCAUCCAAUACCAAACCAGCUCCUAUUAUUGAAGAAGAAAGCACCCAAAGCAAUAGUGAUUCUACACCUACCGAUACUCCUAUUACUCCUACCACCACCACCACUACUACCAAUACCCCUUUGGAUGAGCAAUCAUAG